AUGGGCUACCGGAGAGCCGCGGUGCGCACGCACCCGGACAAGCACCCGCCGCACCUCCGCGACGCCGCCGAGGCGAACUUCAAGCGGCUGACCGCGUCGCAUAAGAUUUUGCUCAGGGUCGGGCGCGCGAUCCGAGAGGAGGCGGAGAGCGGCGACUACGCGGGCGCGGGCGCGGAGAAGCGGUCCAAGUUGGACGCGGAGAAGGAGGAGGAGGCUCGGAGAGUCGCGCGGCUGGCGACGGUGUUUUCGCUCAACGGGCUCUCCGGCGGGUUCAGUCGCAGCGCGGGGCAUCUCCCGAGCGAGGAGAACCGACGCCGGACGCGUCUGGACUUGGAACGACAGCUCUUGGGGCUGUUAUCUCGAUGCGGGGAGGAGUUCAAGCAGCGCGCGCGGCGGCGGCGACGGAACCGAAUCAUUCGCCGAUGCCUCGCCGUCGCGCUCGGCGUGGGCUUUUUAUUCUUCGUGCGAAAAAACGCCCCCCCGGAGAGCGCGGCGAACGAAGAGCUCCGCGCGAUGGCGGAGAGCGUCCGCGCGGCGAUCCGGUUCAUGGGCCACGAGCUCGCGACCGCGGUCGGCCGCCCGCAAGACGGCGAGGAGAUGGCGGACGACCUCGAGCUCGCGUUUCUGGAGGGACGCAUGAGCGUCAACCCGGACGGCGGCUUGGAGGUUUUGAUCCCCGACGACGAGACCCCGGGGGUGUACUACAAGCUCAACAUGAGCGGGACGCCGGACGGGAGCAUGCGCGUGUGGACGGAGGGCGAGGGCGGCGACCAGGUGGACGUCGUGCUCGGCGAGGACGAUGACGGGGUGGAGAGAGAGCCCGCGAUGGGGGUGUUUGGUGUUCCCGUCAGCGAGAUGGUUGAGGGGAAAGGGUCGGUGCGUUUCGAGGACGACGACGGCGGCGGCGGCGGCGGCGGGGGCGGCGCGAAGAAGGGAGGGUUCUUCGCGGGGCGGUUCGGGGGGAAGUGA